AUGACUGUGGCAUUGGGAAUAAAUCAAGCAGAGUUGUCGUCCAUCUCGACACAUGAGCCCGGUCCCUAUGUGGGGGGUUACCUCCCCUUGAGAACAGCUGAUGAUUCGCCAACAUGGAACCGCCAUAAAGCUGUCACUGAGGUGACUGUGUGUCUGAUGUCACAACUCUCUCAGGAUCAAUGUUUAUGGCUAGCAGUGUCUUCAUUCUUGGAUCAUUUAUUGACUCAUCACACGACCUUGAGCUACAUGACGUGCUGGUCAGUGAUUGUGAUCAUUAAUAGGCUAUACACUUCUGGAUGUCCAAUAGGAGACAGCCUUAGAAACUGUGUCAUCAAACUAAGCCUGUCAUUGAUACAUUCUGUGGUUGCCAUGACAGUUGAUGACUCCAAAUCAGAGGAAGAAGUGGAUUGGUUAACUUACCGUGAUAGUGUAUGGAAGGCUGUGAUUGGCUGCUUGGCCAUUCUAGACCCAAAAUUAGUCACCUUUCUGGAUAAAUUUCAGGAAAGUGUUCUUUCUCCAAACUGCCCAGGUGCUCAUACUGCUGUCAUGAUGCUGACCCACAUUGUGAAGACGCCAGACCUGAUGAUCAACUUACAAGUUGACCUUCAGAAAUUACAGACUAUCACAGACACCAUUCAGAAGCAGGUGUGUGGUGUGAUAGAUGAACAGGUGUUGACAGAUCUGCUGUACCAUGUGUCUGUGAUCACAGCAGGCGGUAGAUAACACAGAACAGCCCAGA